CAUAACGAUUUUCCCGGCGUGCCGACGAUGAAGUUUUCCACGGUGCUCCACUUCUUCCGCACGCAGCGCCCAUACUCCGCUUUCGCAACGGAGGACAUCAAGCCGAUGUCCGAAGUCUUUGUUUCGUGGCCGAAGCUCUUCGAGGUCGGCUGGAAGGUCGGCGGUGCCCUGGUCUUUGUGAGCCAGGGGUUCACCGUGCUUCAGCUUGUGAUAUUUCGGAUGAACAUAAAGCAAGACUUCAACAGCCUCGCGGCCAGCGGCACCGCCGACCUUCCAGCCGACCUCGAAGAGCUUCGGCCACAGCAGCGGUGGUGGCAGUGAGGCCGUUGGUGGCGCCGCUGCCACCGGUCCUGUGGGCGGCGGCGCUGGCGGCGGUGGAUACAGCAGUAGGGUCAGCAGCGAUGGGGUCAAGCGCAAGCGCAGCAGCAGCAGCUGAGGUGAGUACCACACCACCAACCGCUGCCCGCCGGACGGGCCCCGGUGCGAGGGGUGCACUUACCCACAGAGCCACCAGCGGUGCACGGGCCCACCACCGCAGCACAGCGGUGACGCCGCUCCUCACCAGCCUGGCGCUCGCGUUAAUGCAGUGGCCCCUCAACAGCAGCAGCAGCAGCAGUGGCAGCUGCCAGCACUGGUGGAUCAGCUUGUACAGCUGCUAGGGCCCACGCUGCAGCAAGCCACACGGCAGGUGCUGAGGGCCGCUGCCGCACCAGCGUCAGGUGCAGCAGCGGCAGCGGCAAUGGAUCCUCCCCGCUGCCGCGCCCAGCCACCGCUGCGUGGUGUGUCGCCUAGCAGCGCCUGUGGCGGCAGCAGCCGCUCGGGCCCAAGCUCAUCUGCCGUGGGUGGUGGCGCCACGGUUGGGGCUGCGGGUGCUGGCAACUACUCGCUUAACUACAUGCAGAAGCAUGUCUUUGCGCAGCUGAAACGCGAGCACGGCAACAUCGACACCGUUCCCUUUAAGUGCUGGGUAGGCAUCCCCGUGCGGCGUGCUGGUGAGUGGGCAGCACAGGAAUGCUGAGCAGUUCCGGGUGCACGCGCACCCGGCACCGCCUCGCUUCCACGGCAUGUGGCCCUCGGUAGAAUUCCGUUGAGAUGUGGUUGGCGCGCGUGCAGUUCGUGAAGACUGUCUGCACUGUCUGCUGUCCUCUUGUGCGCGCACGCAGAGGGGCUACGCCACCAAUAUCCUGACUGUAAAGUAAAGCAAGUUGCCCGUCUAUCUGGUGGGGGGAUGGGGAAGUCGGUGGCGAGGCAGAACACAAGGCGGCAGGAGCCGCAGCGCCGUCACCUGAACAGUUAGGGGUAGCAAUGAUCGUGUUGCUUGUCGGCUGGCAGAUUGUGCGCAUUCCUUGCUCUUCGGACACGAGACAAAUGCGGCUGCGAGUCACGCAAAGAAAAGUAGUUGUGUACGGGCUUUGGGCUGUGGGCAGCGAUUUUUAUGUUGUGGCUCCAAUCUCGGCGCGUGGUGGCGAGGCAGAACACAUCUGACUGACCAUAGGCUUGUGCGGCUGCAGUUGACUGUUCCUCUGCUCUGCCACCUCCGAGUUCAGGCUCCUCAGGGCCGGGAACAGCGCCAUAUUGUAAGCGUGCGAGCAG